CAGCUCCUAAAUCAACUGCCUGUUCAACUGUUUCAAGUGGAGACAUGCAAUUCUGUGAACUGAUACUGAAAUAAAUCUAAUCCUGGUGUAUAGGAUUUAUACCAGUGAAUAUAAAGACUCCACAAAUGAUGAGGAAAUGAAAGGGAUUCACAUUAAUUACCUUAACCAUCCUUCAUGUGUUGAUGAACUGGACCCUGGCAUACACCGAUUUUACUGUGGAUUGCUUUCCUUCUUUCUGCACUCACUGCUCUCAAUUUUGAACCUACAGAGCUUGAUGGCAUCACAAGGUUGAGAGUAUACAAAGAAUCUAUGACCAACAAUCCACUACAUCUAAUGUGUUGUUGAAACCAUAACAGAGCUUAUGAAGUGCGGAGAAGAAACAUUUGACUCUGCUUUUAAAUAAACCUCUCUUGCACUUUAUGUGAACAUGAUCAAUUUAGGGAUCAUGUUAUUCAUUUCUGCUACAUUGAACUACAAACUGUGUUUCAGUGCAUGUGCUCUUGCUGAAUAUGAGAUACAUAGAGAAUGCUGUCCCAUGUGUGCACCAGGAAACCAUGUUUAUUGGCAUUGUACUGUAGACACAAGCACAACUUGUAUUCCAUGCCCUCCAUCAACUUACAUUGAUGAACCCAAUGGAUUGGAUAAAUGUUUUCCCUGCUCUGUGUGUGAUGCAGGAAUAGGUCUUAGAAUAAAGAAAACUUGCACACGUUCUGCGGAUACUAUUUGUGAGCCACUGGAGGGAUUCUACUGCAAUGAGCCAAAGAAAGACAGCUGUAGAUUUGCUGUGAAGCACUCUGAAUGUUACCCUGGACAAUAUGUCAAACAAACUGGAACAGCAUUUACUGAUACUGUAUGUGUUAACUGCAUGGAAGGAACUUACUCUAAUGGCUCUUUUACUGCCUGUCAACCACAUUCAAAUUGUGAGAUUAAAGGCCUUAAAGAAAUAAAACCAGGAACAAAGUCAUCUGAUGUGGAAUGUGGGAAGUCAGUUCCAAUUGCUAUCAUUGUUGGAGUCGUUGUUGGAGUCGUUGGUGGUGUUUUGAUGACAGCUGUUGGGAUAAAAAUCUAUUGCAAACUUAAACAGAAGAGGCAGGCUUCAGACAGAAAUAUAACUUUUUACUCAGUACCAAUACCAGAGAGUGGUGAUCAGUGUGAACCAACAUCACCAGACUCAGUGACCCCUCUCAUAUUCAACACUAGUAGCCCUUCACAUCGAUCAGCUGCCUGUUCUGUUUCAAGUGGAGACAUGCAAUGUGUGACCUGAUAUUGAAAGAAAUGUAACCUUGGACUUAAGGAAUCCAAAAGUUCUACCAAAGAGCCUAAAGACUCUAUAAACAGCUGAUUAGCAAAUCUAAAGAACUUCAUGCUAAUUACUGCUUCUAUUCUGUGGUGAAUGGUAAAUGGAAGAGCUGUCACUCGAAGUGAUUAAUAAAGUAUACUCGCACUGUAAA